AUGUCAACUCAAGAUCUAGAUCUAGAUCCCAUCACAACCGCAUGCGCCAAAUCUCUCGAGGACUUUGAACGUGAUUACAUGCCUCCUCGAUCAUCAUAUGCACUUUACACCCCACCGCCCAAAAAAGAUGUACCGGCAAAAUCAUAUAAAAUAGAUUUAUACAAAGCGGAUACGCUCCAUGCUAAGGAUUUAACAGCUUGUUUGAAUUUGAUUGAGAAGACGUCGGGGAGACAUUAUAGGGGGAGUAAAUUGGGGUGGAAUGGGAUGAGGAAGAGGAGGGAAAUGGGGUUGUUGGAUUUGAGGUAUUUGGUUGUUAGGGAAUCUGUGGGUGGAGGAGCUUGGGAGGAUGUUGAUGAGGGUGAGGAUGUAUGUAUAGGGGAAGCUGGAGAGGAGGAAAAAGGGAUGAUUGUGCAAGAGCAAGAGCAUGGGAAGGAAAAAAGAGAAGGAGAAAUAAAAGGAUUCAUGAGUUUCAUGCCCACAUUCGAAGAUGGAUUUAAAGUAAUCUAUCUCUACGAAAUCCAUCUACCCGAAGAAUUACGCAGCACAGGACUAGGAACCCACCUAAUGACCCUCCUCACCAGCAUAUCGCGCGCAAUUCCCGGCGUUGAAAAAAUCAUGUUGACAUGUUUUGUGGCUAAUAAGGAAGCGUUGGGUUUUUAUAAGAAAUUUGGGUUUGAGAUCGAUGAGUAUAGUCCUGAACCGAAGAGGUUGAAGGGGGGGAGGCUGGUGCAGAGUGAUUAUGUUAUUUUGAGUAGGAGGGUUGAGGGGGAGGGGGUGGAGGGAGGUGGAGAGCGGGAGGAGGCGGGAGAGUGGGAAGAGAGGGAGGCUGGGAGGGGUUAG